GCCUCACCGUUGGAAAACGAGAGCGCGCUCGACGCAGACAGAAUGAAGUGCGCAGAAGUGGGACGCGCAGCGAGCGAGUAGCUGCUCAUCCUGCUCUUCACGCGAUUGCUUUUACUUAAACGUUUCUACUGAGCUGGAACAGAGACAAAGACAAAGGUGAGGAGCUCGGCUGAUGGAUGAGGAUGAGGAUGAUCUGCACAGGAAGGGUCUUCAUCACUGGCCUUCCUCUCACGUCCAGAUAAAGCCGAGCGAGACCGCAGGGAGACCCCCUGCAUCACCCAGCGUAAUGCUGCCGUGCCCAGUGCAUGUGGAGCACAGACGCUUUCUCUACGGUAACGCAGGCCUGCUGCUGCUAGCGUCGCUCGGCCGCUCUCGGCCCCCAGACGUGGUUCUCCAGCAGAACCUGCGCGUGAUGGACCCGGCGGAGAGCGUGGAGACCCUCAUCGGGCAGAAGCUCCAGCUGAUCGGAGAUCAGUUCUAUCAGGAGCACAUGAUGCAUCACAGAAACCAAAGGAACCGGGAGCCUCUGUUGUGGCGUGUGGCGGUGGCGCUCUUCACGCUUUUAUUUGGAAGAGAGGCCAACGCAAGAGCAGAUCGCAGGUGAAGCGCCUCCCAAACACUGCCAUCCGUGUCCCAGUCCUCUUCACGGAGCACAUCGUUUAACAGCACUGUCUGGAAUCUAACACGGGUUUUUGGGGGAAAACCAGAGACUGGAAUGAAGACGUCUCCGCAGGACGGGGCAGUUUUUAUCAUCAUCUUUCCCCAUGAAGAUGCCAUGAUGUUUUUGAAAUUCUACCAGGAAUAUUUUCAUAGACACGUCGAGGUGUUUUGUACAGGAUGCGGUUUAAUUUUCUUUGCACUUCCACACGUGUGUAUCCGGAUGACCUCCUCGAGUCUUGGGAACGCCUUACUGUCCCACGCCACCCAUAAACGGAUGAUUAGGACGGAUUCUCCUUCAGAAAUCUCCCAAGACGUCCAGCAGCUUGACAAAUCUCCAAAGAGGCUGUCUCUCAGAACGAAAGCUUUUUGCACCUCCGUUUUCUUGAUGUUUUUACGUUUUUUAUUACAUAAUUGUUGGAGUUUUUUUAUUGUUCUUUCUAUUGUUUGGUUUGAAAUCUAGUCAGAAGGCGAGGAUGAUCUUUGAAGAGGGUUUGAUGAAGUCCGUGAUGAGUUGAUGUACUGCUGUUAUUGAGAUGUCUUUAUAUUUCAUUUGAUUUGAGUUUUGACGCAACAGCAUGAAAUAUUACUGGAUUGCUUUUGUUUGCUCCAAUAUCAUUUGUGUAUGAUCUCGAGGGAAGCAAAGGUAGAGGAAAACCAUUAUCAGGUCUUAAAAAUUCACCAGAUUUUGAAAAACAGUAGAAUUAAACUUGCAAAAAUGUUGAUUUUAAGUCUCAUUCAGGUACUUAGAGAGACAUUAAAGUUCAUCCAAAAAUGUACGUUCUGGCAUCAUUUACUCUGAUUUGCCCUAAUAAAGUUGUUUCAUGAUUAACUUCCAUAUUAUGGAAAAAAAAUGAUAGGAUGGAAGUCAAUGGACUUUUUGGUUACCAAAAUAUUUUAUCAUAAUAUUUCUGUUAUCAUUUAUUCACGCUCAAUUUGUUCCAAAACCUGUAUGAGUUUCUGAUCCCCAUUGACUUCCAUAGUAUUUUUUUCCCUACUGUGGAGGUCAAUGGGUGCCAAAAACUGUUUGGUUAUGAAAAUCCUUGAAAAUAUCUUCUUUUGUGUU